AUGGAUUACACUCCAUGUAGUUUAAAUUGCGCCGAGUGUGUUGAGGCCAUUAAGAAGCUGAAGGCGGCUAGAGUGAAGUUAUUUAAUUUCAUCCGCAAAAUAUCAAACACGGACGGAUGGAAGAUCUUGCAAGAAGUUGAACAUCAUUACAGCUACACACAUGAACUCAUCGCACAAAGUUGUAUUUUGGAAAAUAAUAAAUGUCCAAUUGCUCAUGGAUUUAUUGUACGGGCCGCACAAACAGUUUUCACGCUGGCUAUUUUUGUUUUAAAUAUUGCUAAUGUUUUACGUGAAGAUCAUUCCGCCUCGUGGAUUCAGAAUAGUGGCAAAGAUCUCACUGGUCCCGAGGAACGUGUGCUUUAUUCUCUAGUGCUAGGUAACGCCGAGUUAAUAUUUUUUGGUGGGACGCGAAAAUUUCCUACCAAGCAAGGACAAAUCGAAGGCGAAGUGUCUGAAGUUUACAACGACGUUCAUUUUAUAAAUCCACCUCGCUAUGCCAUUUAA